AUUCUCCGUGGUGAAGAUGGUCGGCCAUGGGAAACGUAUUGCAGUAAUAGUCCAGCAGCUUAACAAAUUUAACCCUGCAAAUCACAGCGUGGAGGAUUUUUUGAAUGAAACAGCUAAGACAUUGCAGACUCUUAACGUGACAGAAGAACAAUUUGUGCUGGAUACCCUAGCUGGAUGCAUAGAAUAUAAAUCCUUACUGGAUGUGGUAGUCAAUGCCUUUUUUGUUCAGGAUGGGAGAUACUGCCUGGCUUCUGAGCGUAAUCUCUAUACAGUUAUUUGUUACCUGGCUACUUUUCAACUUGAAGAGCUCAGUUUUCAGCACUUCAGCAGAAUUGUGAAAUCUCUGGACACUGUAAAAAUGCAAAAGUUUCUUAGAUUCUUCUUCAAUGCCUUGUAUUUGAGCACAUGGGUACAAGAUGAAUGGAGUCAUUUCUAUGAUUCUCUGUAUGUAAAAGAGAACUGGAUCGAUCCACUGCUAAGGUGGCAGCCCAAACUACAGCAGCUGAUUGAACAGCUCACAGAGAAAUUAAUUAAUCCUACUGCCACUGUCAAGUCUUCCAUGGUCACCCAGCCAAAGGAAUUUCAUUUGACUGCACCCAAACAACGUCCCAUUGCUCUACCUCUGCCAAAACCAGUGCUGAAGAAAAGGCUACCUGUUCCUCCAAGCACCUACAAAACUCCAAAGGAAAAAAAGCAGCUAGAGGAAAUCAAAACAAAAAAUCGCCGCAAAGCAGAAGAUCUGCUUCUGGAGGCAAAUACUAACCAGUUCAGGUGUGCAACUGUGAAGCCUGAAGAGAAAGAGAGCAGACAUGACAGUAUGAAGAAUAAACCAGCAUUUCAGGUCCCAAAGAUCCAGAGCAAGAUUGACAAUAUACCUAUUAAAUUAAACGCUGCAGCUAUUUUGAGAGAGGGUGCCCUCUACCAACGCAAAAAGGAACAGGAGCUCAAGAGAACUGAAGAUUUGCUGCAAGGGGCUGGAGACCCAUCUGAAUUCUUGGAAUGGCAAAAACAGAUGCGUGAAAAAGAUCUGGAAGAACAGCUGGCUGAAAUAGAGUGCAGGAGGCUUCAAGGGAAACUGAGUUAUGAAGAGGCAGUUCUAGCCCAUCAGAAUGUCAUUCAACAGAAUAAGAAGAAAGCUGAUCUAAUGAGAGAAGAGAAAGCAGAGCUGAUGCACCAGUAUGCAGAGAAACGUCUACAGGAACGGAAAGAAAUGAGAGAGCUGGUGGAACAGGUCGUGGAAGGACACAAGAAUGCAAAGCAAGCAAAAUUAAAGCUUCAGAAAUACAAACAGCAGAUAGUUCAGGAAGUCUGUGAAGAAAAUCGAGAGCUCCUUCGGCAAGCUUUAGAGGAGGAGGAGGAGAAGCUGAAGAAGAGAUAUGAACUAAUUCAACAAAUACGAGCUAUUGAGUCUUUACCAAGUGUCAGACACAAGGUUGUUGAUUUAACAGAGACUGGUGGCCACGGUUUAAUUUGUGAAAUGUCAAUAGUGGAACUACGUGAACGCCUCGCUCUGCUCAGAGAAGCACAGAAGGCAGCAGAGGAAGAGAGGAGAGACCAGAUAAUUCAUGACAAACAAGCUAAGGAACAACUUCUUCUAGACAAACUGGACCAGAUUUCCCUGUUCAGAGCACAACUUGGACGGGCAGCUGCUUUAAAGCAAGAAGAAAAGAAGAGAAUGUCUCAGUGCAGAGACAGGACUAUGAAUGAUGAACGCAUUUUGAACCUGCAGAAAAGGAUUGUGGAAAAAGCCAUGGAGCGUAAAAAGCAGGCAGGACUCUUAAAGAUCACUCCUCGGAAAAGCAGCAUCUCAUCAAAGAAGGAUUCAUCACAAUGGAACCACUGGAAAAGACUGGAAGAGAGUCGGGAAAGACAGUUCAAGAUCCUUCAACAUGGCUUCAUGGCUAGAGAAACAGCUCAGAAAGCUUCAGCUGCCUAUGAAGCUGCAAACAUUGGAGCCACAGUCUGUAUAUUGUGCUCUGAAGUGAAAUAAAAUCCAUCUGGAACAGAUUCAAGCCUGCUGGAAAUCUCCCAGUGUGCCUAUUUACUACAAGGUUGAAUUUUAAUCUUUAUUUCACCUUUGCAGUCUGAUUAGAGAAAUUUGGGUUAUAGAGGCACAACAGAGGCACACUAGAAUAAAAAUGUGUUGAUUUCUUUGUGAUAGAAUGUUAUUUUUAUGCUGUAAUGAUACUUUUUGUUUAGAAUCAAAAGCUUAAACAAAGCAAAGUUCCUACAGCUGAAUGGCAAAUACCUGGGUGAGAGUAUUGAGAUCUGUAUUUGUGUUAACAUUGCAUACAGGGCCAUGGUUUGCUAUGGUCAUCCUCCAAAAGCAUAGAAGUGAGGGCUAAAACCAAGCAACAUUUGUUGAUAGCUGCAUCUUUUCAGAAGGCAUGGUCAGCCCAGGUCCGUAACACAUCUUCCUGCUUGACAGGAACUGUGCACAGGAGGAUCACCGGUUUCCACACUGGUUUUAGUGGGUGAGGGGAAAAGUGUUUAGAAAGCUUAGAUGCUGUGAUAGCCUCCAGAAGCCAGGGUCACAACUGAAUGACCCUAAAAGACCAUCCAUCUAUUUGCAUAUGUGAAUCCCUUCAGACUCGGAACAAUGGCAGGAAAACAUAACAUUGUUUGAUCUCUUUAGGAAACUGCUUCCAGAAAGAAAAAAACAAAAUCCUGUUACUCACCUAGAAGGUAAUUUGCCCUCUAUGACAAUUUCUAUACUGUGUAAAACAGCCUUUAAAUUGCAAGACUUAUUCUAGGCACAAAGCCAAGGAGGAUAUAAAUCUGAAUUAAAAUCUGCACAGCAGUAGGCCUA